GAGCCAUUCAACCUAUAAGCUUACAAUUUUGGCCCUGAUUCAAGAGGUGAUGAGAAACAUAUGACCGGUAACAAUGUGUGUUCAGCAGUAGCUGAGAACUUGCUAAAGCAGAGUGAGAUCAGUGUGAGGUCUUUAGUUCCUGUACUGCUCCUCACACUGACAGCAUCUUCUCACUCAUGUCCGAUCAGGGAUUUCUGUCUGUGAAGAGCAACUCCUUCUCUUCCCCUUGAGAUUUCGGGCAAUAAUUUAGGAUCUGCUGCUGCAGUGCAUCAUCACAACACCGUUCAUGUCCCCCCUGGAGGCUUUCUGGAGCUGCAGAAGGAUUACACACAUUUCUGAGGUUCUGUAAAACUAACCGGUCACCUGCUGUUUGAGAAACCUUAGACAGAACCUCCACCAUGAGAGUCCUGCUGCUCUUCACCCUGCUGCUGCUCUGCCACGCCAAGCCAUACAAGCCCAUCAAGAUCAUGGAGCUGAUGAAGGUCCAUGACAUCAUGCAACGAGAUGACAGGGACGACGAUGAUGAGGAUGAUAAUGACUAUGAUGAUGAUUAUGAUGAUCUUGAGGACAACUAUAUUUCAGACUGCCCUUUUGGCUGCACAUGCUCCAAAAGAGUCGUUCAGUGCUCGGAUCUAGGUUUAACAGCGGUGCCACGUGAAAUUCCAGCAGACACAUUAAUGAUCGAUCUCCAGAACAAUGAUAUUACUGAGAUAAAGGAAGAUGACUUCAAAGGACUGAAUACUCUUUACGCCAUGUUUCUGGUCAAUAACCGGAUAUCAAAGAUUCAUCCGAAGGCUUUCCAAAACAUGGACAAACUCCAGCUUCUCUACUUGUCAUAUAACCUUCUGACACAAGUACCUGAAAAUCUACCUAAGAACGUUCUGGAGCUGAGGAUUCAUGACAACAAGAUAAGCAGAAUCCAAAAGGAGGCAUUCAAAGGGAUGCAUUCCCUGCAGGUUCUAGAAAUGACUGCAAAUCCAAUCGCCAACAGUGGGAUUGAGCUUGGUGCUUUCGAUGAUAUGUCAACCCUUUUCUUGAGAAUUGCAGAGGCAAAACUCACUGCCAUACCAAAAGAUCUGCCAUCUUCUCUCACUGAACUUCAUUUGGACUACAAUAAAAUUGGUAAAGUUGAAGUGGAAGACUUUAUCCGAUACAAAAAUUUACAGAGGUUAGGGCUGGGUUUCAACCAGAUCAAGUUUGUGGAGAACGGCACCUUAGCGAGUAUUCCAAAAAUCAGAGAAAUUCAUCUGGAUAACAACAAACUGAAAAAAGUGCCACCGGGUUUCAACACACUGAAGUAUUUACGAGUGGUGUACCUCCACGCUAACAGCAUCACCCAGGUGGGAGUAAAUGACUUCUGUCCAACUAGAACCAAGCUCAAGAAGGCCCUCUAUACCGGAAUUAGCCUUUUUGCCAAUCCGGUGAAAUACUGGGAAAUCCAGCCGCCCACUUUCCGCUGUGUGUCCGGCCAUAGAGCCGUGCAACUGGGCAAUUUCAGACGAAAGUGAGCCAAGUGUUUCUGACUGUGUCGAAAUUUCUGUCCUCUGGAGGGCAGCAUUUCAGCGUCAUGUUUAAUAACGUCCUACAACCUGUAAUUAUACAGAGGUCCUAUUCCCUCAGUCUGUCGGGAUGCACCACACAACUCGCUGCACCGUACCUGCUGUUGAACUGGCAGUUUACUUGAAAAGUUUAGAGUGAAGACAGAGGGAACAUAUAUAAUGAGAUCCUGUGCAGGGAAUUCUGCUGGAAAUCAAUUCUAUAUGUUUUGUGUACAUGUUUAUUGGCAUUAGAGUAGUUGGUGCUUCCAUACUGGAUGGAAGCAUUGUAGAUGUUAUGAUAAUGUUCAUUUUCACAGAGAUCUGUUCAAACCUGUUAAAUACACAAUCUCUGGCAUGGCACUGACAGUGCAGACUAAUUUUAUUUCAAUUCUAUAUCAAAGGAAACAAUUUAUCCUAUCAAACAUAUUAAAUGCAUAUUAAAUGUUGACUUUGUUGAAUCUGAAGUCAGUGUGAAAAUCAAUUUUAUGUUCUAAAAUAAAUCUUACCUGGUUG